UUCAUUUGCUUGAUGAGAGAACAUAUAGUAGUUCUGUAGUUAGUUGCUUAUCCGUGUGCUCCUAAUUUUUCUUGUCAAAUUAUAAUGAAAAUCAAUUAUUUAGUGUACAUCGUAAUUUUACUCUCCAUUUGUGAUAUGGCAAGAGCCGGGUUUUUCCAAAGAAUCGCCGAGGGGUUUAAAGCAAUAGGCCGAAAACUUAAAACUGCAAAAGAAGUAUUUAUGGCUCUAGUCACAGAAGAGAAAUGUGUUCUGACAUGUCCUUCAGGUAUUUAUCCAAAAAAAGACCCCAACCACAUCCCGAAAUCCAACGGAUGCGGCACGUUCGGCUUCAAAAUUAGGACAGGCGGAUUCUUUAUGCCAGCAAUAAGCAAUUGGGGGAUGCAAUCAUGUUGUAACGAUCACGACGUUUGCUACGACACUUGCGCUAGCAACAAAGAGAUCUGCGAUCGGCAAUUUCUGUUUUGCCUUUUAAGGCUUUGCAAUAGAGGCGAUGAAGAUAAAGUUAGAGAUUGCAGAGAAUCCGCAAUAGUUGCUGCCAAAGCGGUAGAAAAUUUCGGAUGUGUAUCUUAUUUGUAUGCUCAAAAAAGCGCAUGUGUUUGUUAAGGGCGAAUUAUAUUAAUUAUUGCAUUUAAUAAACAAAUGGAUAUUCCUAUUCCGAAUAACUUUUAAAAUAUAUUAUUUUGAUUGCUUAUUUAUUAAAUAAAAAUAUAUACCUAAUUUUAA